AUGAACAUCUUCGAAGAUGCGCGUGAUGGAAGGCUGGAUCAGUUCAAACUGGACCAGUAUAAAACUUCCUCGUUCGAUAUUAAUGCUAUAGAUCCGGAGACGGGGUUGACUCUACUUGCUACGGCUGUCUUGAAGGGUCGUACCGAUGUUGUUAAGUUACUCCUACAGAAUAAUGCAUCGGCAACGAAGCUCUCCCAAGGUGACCGCACCCCCGUGUGGUUCGCCGCGAUGGGCUCUAUGAAAAAGAAGGACCGUGCCGAGAUCAUCCGUUUGCUUCAUGCCCACGGCGCUGAUAUCAACAAGCCGUCUUCGGGAGAUGCCAACUAUACACCUCUGAUGAAAGUUGUCGCCGAGUGGAAAGAUGUCAAUACCGUCCGCCAACUCAUUGAUCUCGGUGCGGAUAAAACCUUGAAGAAUUCCGAUCGAGAAACGGCAGCUAUGAUCGCUUUUAAAAAGAAGAAAGACGCUAUGAUUGAUGCCCUCAAUAUUUGGGUCUACAUUGUUACAUCAAGCGUAUUGAAGGACAUCGUCGAAUCGAGCUAUGAGACAAGCGAGAUCAAGAUCCUAAGUCAUUCUAAUGAAGUCCAAGAAAGCAAGACAGCGGAGGAAUAUAAGAAUGACAUUAUUAGAUUCAUUUCAAAAAAUCGCAUGGAUGGUUUCUUCAAGAAUGACGAUCCCUUUAUCAACACGCUUGUCGAGAAGGCCGCCAAGUUGAAAGCGAGCCCCCCUGAUCCGACGCUCAAGUCCGACAAAGAUAUCCGUGAUCUUAUAAAAGUGUCACUAUACCAGCAAGUGAUCCUUUGCGACGACAGUACAUCCAUGUCCAUAGGCAACCGUAUCAAAGUCCAGCAACAUUUAGUCAAGCGAAUUACGAAAUUUGCCACUUAUAUUAUACCCGACGAAGAUGGCGUAGAGUUGCGUUUCAUCAAUAGCUCCGUCUCUGGAAGUAGACUCCACGAGGCGGAAGUUGAGACCAUUAUGACCAACAUGCAGCCAACUGGGGAUACAGACAUUGGGACGAACCUAAUCACGAAAAUUCUUAAGCCGCUGGUGUACGACAAGCUAGAGAACAAGGAACUGAAACGUCCCUUGCUAGUGUCAAUAAUUACCGAUGGGUGCCCCGAGCCAGAGGCCUCAAAUAUGUUAAGAAGCACAAUCAUAGGGUGUGGGAAGAAGUUGAUCAAGGCUGGCUAUGAGCCUGAGACCGUGCUUUUCCAGGUUAGCCAAAUCGGAAACUCCAAAGCCUCCAAGAAGUUCUUCGACAGCCUACGAAACGACAAGCAGUUGAAGAGGGUCCUCUACUGCUCCAGUGAUCGGUCGGAUAAAGAAUCUGAGGGCUCAAAGCAAAAUGAGGUUGAACUUGAGCAAUGGGUUUAUGUUACCAUUGUACCCCCUGAUGAGUUAUCGGUGGUUGUAUAA